AUGAUCUGCGGAUCCGACAACACCUCCUUUGAGCCUGUGAUAGAUUCGAUGAGACUCAGAGACUCAGAGAAAGGAUUCGAGAAUAUUCUCGAUGAAGGCGUGACUAAUGGCUGGUAUGACCCCGGUGUGCUCUUACAAGUGCUUGUGUGUCGCUGGGUUUUCAUCCCAUGGCUGCAGGCAGAGCUUGACGCAUACCGUCAACGAAUCAACAUGACUGCGAAACGUCGAGACCGCAAUAAGAUUCUGCCUCAUGGUGUUCCGCAGCACAUGCUUGAGUUUCCGGAUGAGUAUGCAAUUCUCGAUUUCAAGAUCAAAGUGAAACAAGAGCAUAUAAAUACGGUUCGCCAACAGUAUGCUGAUCCCAGCCACGAUAUAUUUCAACUGGUGCCGCCGGACUUCGCACAAUUAAUUCAAUCAUUCUAUGUCGACCUUGGCGAGCCAUCAAUUACUCGGGAGACGUGCUGGGAGAUCUACAGACAGCUACUUCGCUGCUUCGAGCACCUCGACAAGGUUCACAACAUUGACAGUAGUGUUGAUGACAUGUGGGGUUUUGCACUCACUCAGGCUGAAAACGAGUAUCGCAACAAGAUGCAGCCCCUCCCAAACCUUCGUCCACUCCAUGGUGGGGAGGAUAUUGUGGGUCAGGAUGGCGGAUAUUACAUGGGUGGUGUAAACGGCGGCAAUGGACUUGAUGAUGCUCAGCACGCUCAGCUCCGACGUCUGAUUGACGAAGUGGAGCCUAACGUUGCUGGUGAGACUGACUUUGAAGGGGAGGACGACAUUUGUGCUUGGUUUUCGGACGAAGAGGGCCCCGAUGAGCUGGCGGCUGCGGAUGAAUGGUAGACUAUGUCCUUACAUUUUAUGUGUUCCUUUUUUACAUAUUCUAUCGCUGUUUUACUCAU